UCUUCACCCGCCUGGUACAAACGAGGAACGCCUCCUAUCCGUAAAAAAGAAGAAGAGGGAGGCUUGCUUUGUGGCUACCCUUUCCUAGUGCAUGCUUGUGUGUGUGUGUGUGUGUGUGUGUGUUUAGAAUAUUUUUAACUUUCCCCUCCGCUUGGCCGCCGAAGUGCCAUUCAGAAGCCAGCUAAUAUCCCAGCCGCUGCCAAGUUUGGCUUUCCAGCCCAGUGUUUACAGCCCCUCCUCUCUCGUGAUGAAAGAUCUCUGGUCGGGGUUUUCAACCAGACGCUUUGCCUUGUGCUCCUCUUCUUCAGAAGUGGCCUGCCCAGCUGUCAUUUCGACGUGAAGAGGGAGAACCGUGGACCCUGCCCGGGAGCCCAUCUGCCCAGGAAAACCCCCAAUCCUGUUGGAGCUGCGCAACAAACCCACGUGACAUUGGAUUAUCACUGCGUUACUCGCACUGGACAAAAUCAUGGGGGGCAACCUUGGUUGUCACCGCUCCAUCCCCAGAGACCCCUCGGACCUCUGCCACAGCCGUAAGUUCAGCGCAGCAUGCAACUUCAGCAACAUCCUUGUCAACCAGGAGAGGCUGAACAUCAACAUGGCCACCGAGGAGGAGCUCAUGACUCUACCCGGCGUCAACAGGAUGGUGGCCCAAAACAUUGUGGAGUAUCGGGAGUAUAUCGGGGGCUUCAAGAAAGUCGAGGACUUGGCCUUGGUCAGCGGGGUCGGAGCAGCCAAGCUGGAGCAGGUCAAGUUUGAGAUCUGUGUGAGUAGCAAAAGCAACUCUGCCCAGCACUCGCCCAGCUCUUUACGGAAGGACCAGAACUUAGACCACCUCUCUGCUGCUAAGAUCAAUAUUAACACAGCCACGCCAGCCCAGCUCAUGAGCAUCCGCGGCGUCACGGAGAAGAUUGCCAACGGCAUCGUUGAGUACCGCAAGGAGCAUGGGCCCUUCAAGAGCAUCGAGGACCUGGUCAAGAUGAACUGCAUCAACUCCUCAUUUUUGGACAAAAUCCGACAGCAGGUGUUCGCGGAGCGGUCACGGCCCCCAUCGACGAACACCAACGGGGGCCUCAAUUUCAUGGUCAAGCCUCACCCGAGCCCCACCUCCCUCAGCCUCCAGAGCGAGGAUUUGGAUUUUCCACCGGGAGGGCCGACUCAGAUUAUCUCCACCCGUCCCACUGUGGAAAUGUUUGGUGGGAUGCGAGAUGGGAAGCCCGUUGUGAGGGUGGCCACCUGGAACCUGCAAAGCUGCUCUGUUGAAAAAGCCAACAAUCCUGGCGUGCGAGAAGUCAUGUGCAUGACCCUACUGGAGAACAGCAUCAAGCUUUUGGCUGUGCAGGAGCUGGUGGACCGAGAUGCACUAGAGAAGUUUUGCAUGGAGUUGAACCAGCCAACCCUGCCAAACAUCCGCAAGUGGAAGGGCCCUCGAGGAUGCUGGAAAGGAGUUAUUUCAGAGAAGGCCUCAGGCCAGUCACAGAAGUUUGCAGAAUACUCUGGCUUCUUGUGGGACACCACAGCAGGGAUUGAGCUGAAGGAUGCUGCCUCCCAUGAGAACGCGCACACCAACGGCAACGGGAGGCAGGCAUACCCUCACCCUUACGUGGCCCACUUCAAGGUUGGAAUGAACGACCUCACACUGGUUAACCUUCAUCUGGCCCCUUUGCCUUCAGUGGGAGAAAAUGCUGUGAAGAACCAUAAUAGCCACAAAUUAGCUGCCUUUGCACAGACUCUGCAGGAGACGCUGAAAGGUGAAAAAGAUGUGAUCAUUCUAGGAGACUUUGGUCAAGCCCCAGACAGUAGCGAACAUGACCUGUUGAGGAAGGAGAAGUUCCAUCAUCUGGUCCCUGCUAGCACAUUUACAAACAUCAGCACCAAGAACCCUCAAGGCUCCAAGUCCCUGGAUAACAUCUGGAUCAGCCGUAGCUUAAAAAAAGUUUUCUCUGGUCAUUGGGCGGUUGUGAGAGAAGGCCUUACGAACCCCUGGAUCCCUGACAACUGGUCGUGGGGCGGCGUGGCAUCAAGCCACUGCCCAGUGUUAGCAGAAUUUUACACAGAGAGGGACUGGAGCAGAAAGGAUCUAAUGCGGAAUGGAAACGGCGUGAUGGUGGACUGCAGUGACUCAAACACGAAACAUGAGCGAUGAUAGACAAUGAUGCCAACCUCCCUUCGCUUUCCCAGAAGGGGGUGUUCUGAAGAUCCCAUUGCUCAAGGCUUGAUGGUGAACCAGAACUGCCUUCUGCCCCUUUCCUUUAAAAAGAAUCGGCUUCUGCUUUUAACAGCUCCCUUCCCCAUCCCUGCCUUUGUGCCCCCAUUAUGGAUGUUUUAGGGUAUCCUGUUGCCAUCGAGUGAUUUGUGACUUUUUAUGGAGACAUGGAUGGACACUUCUGUGCUUGGAUACCUGGAUAACUGCAAAUAAAAUGCACUUUUUAAUACUGUAUGUCAAUGAUCUCCCUCUCUCUGUGAUUUCUAAUCCAAUGCU